CUGCAAUGCGAGCAUCGCUGGGGAAGAUUUCCUCCAGAAGGCGCAUCAUCCGCAAAUGACUGCCGACUAGGGUGGUGCACUCAGCAGGGGGGAAUAAAACAAAAAAACCAGAGGGAUUCUUGUUGGUCUUCCUGCAGGUGCGCCAUGGCGAAACACCGCAAAGACAGAGACAGCUGGGGUGAGUGGUCUCUCGGCGACAAGAACGUCUACGACUGGAGUUCGGAGGAGGAGGAGUCAGAUGGGCGGGCGCGGCCCAUCCAGGUCCUGCUGGUCAAAGACGACCACACCUUCGAGCUGGACGAGGCGGCGCUUAGUCGCAUCCUGCUGGCGGAGGAGGUCCGAGACCGCGAGGUGGUGGCCAUCUCUGUGGCGGGAGCCUUCCGGAAGGGGAAGUCCUUCCUCAUGGACUUCAUGCUGCGCUACAUGUACAACCAUGCGCGUGAGGACUGGCUAGGCCUGGCUGACGAGCCUUUGACCGGCUUCUCCUGGAGGGGGGGCUCAGAGAGGGAGACCACUGGGAUCCAGAUCUGGAGCGAGGUCUUCCUGGUGGACCGGCCUGAUGGAACAAAGGUGGCAGUCUUGCUCAUGGACACACAAGGCACCUUUGACAGCCAGUCCACACUCAGGGACUCGGCCACCGUCUUCGCCCUGAGCACCAUGAUCAGUUCCAUGCAGGUUUACAACAUCUCACAGAACGUCCAGGAGGACGACCUUCAGCACCUGCAGCUGUUCACCGAGUAUGGCCGACUCGCGAUGGAGGAGACUUUUCUCAAACCGUUUCAGUCCAUGAUAUUCCUCAUCCGAGACUGGAGUUUCCCUUACGAGUUUCCAUACGGACAGGAAGGCGGCAUGAAGUUCCUGGAAAAGAGACUGAAGAUCUCAGAGAACCAGCAUGAGGAGCUGCAGAACGUGCGCAAACACAUCCACUCGUGUUUCACCAACAUCUCCUGCUUCCUGAUGCCUCACCCUGGCCUCAAGGUGGCCACCAACCCACACUUUGACGGACGAAUUAUGGAGAUCGACGACGAGUUCAUCGGCAACCUGAAUCUUUUGGUCCCGUGGCUGCUCAGUCCUGGCAACAUCGACGUGAAGGAGAUCAACGGAAGUAAAAUCACCUGCCGAGGCCUCCUGGAGUACUUCAAGGCGUACAUCAAGAUCUACCAGGGCGAAGAGCUGCCGCAUCCCAAGUCCAUGCUGCAGGCGACAGCCGAGGCCAACAACCUGGCAGCCGUGGCGGCCGCCAAAGAUCUGUACAACAAGAAAAUGGAGCAGGUGUGCGGCGGAGACCGACCCUUCCUGGCGCCCAGCGAGCUGCAGGCCCGCCACGCCGUCAUCCGCGAGGAGGCGCUGCAAGUGUUCCGGGGCGUGAAGAAGAUGGGCGGCGAGGAGUUCAGCCGCCGCUACCUGCAGCAGCUGGAAGGCGAGGUGGACGAGGUGUUUGUCCAGUACAUCAAGCACAAUGACUCCAAAAACAUUUUCCACGCCGCCCGCACGCCGGCCACCCUCUUCGUGGUCAUCUUCGUCAUGUACGUGGCGGCGGGCAUCACGGGCUUUGUGGGCGUGGACGUCAUCGCCAGCCUGUGCAACAUGGUCCUGGGCCUGGCGCUCAUCACGCUCUGCACCUGGGCCUACAUUCGCUACUCGGGCGAGUACAGGGAGCUGGGCGCCGUCAUCGACCAGGUGGCGGGAGCGCUGUGGGACCAGGCACCGUUUGGCAACAAGGGGAACACCAACGAGGCGCUCCACAAGCUGUACAACGUAGCGGCCAACCACAGGCAACUGUAUCAGCACGCCUUCCCGGGGCACCAGGCCGCCGAGGAGGAGCAGGAAAGGAAGAGGGACUAACGUGGGCGUGGCCUUGUCUUUUAUCCCCCAUAAAGACGCCCCCGAGGAUCUUGGAACACGUCAGACGGGCUUCUUCAUCACACGCCACAUCAACUACAAGCAAGUGUAAGGGGGGAAGAUGGAAAAAAAAAAACCCUCCUUGGCGUUUUUGUUCUCACUUAGUCCAUGUUUACACGCGCAAGUAUGUCGUACGUUCCAACGCCAAAGCCCACUCACGUCUUUAGGUACACCUGCGCCGUGGAUUUACUUACACUCGGAUGCCUUUGCCAAUAUAAUUGUCAAAUUAGGAGCACCUGUACAUUGCAGUUCACCUAUUUCAUCUGAGGGGUUCCACACGGUUCUAUCCUGAGUCCCUUUAUGGUUAUAAUUAAGUUUUCUACCGUGCACAAUACAAGUGGAUUAGAUGUAUCAUUUUACAAUUUGAAUUAGUCUAUUCUAGUCUAGUAUUUAAUAGCUCUGUUAUUACAUUUUAUAUUUGUCACAUUUUUUCUAUUCCGCUUCUGGCCCAACUGGACCAGGGCACUGUAAAACCACGGUCAAUUCUAACAUCAAAAACUGGAAGCGGAGUCGCCAGAAUGUUGUCCUUUGAAUAAUAGCCAUACACUUUUUACAUUUAUAGCAAUUAGCUGGAAAUUUGCCGGUAAAAGACUGGGUUGCCGGAUUCUACGCUAAAAAAUGUAAUUUUGAUUUUUCCCCUGAAAGGGGAACUGCACUUUUUUUGGGGGGGAAUUUUGCCUAUCAUUCAAAAUCCUUAUCUGAGACAAGAAUACAAAUGUUUUACUUUUUUUUUUAAAUGCAUUGCGAACUCGUAAAUAAAUGCUAGCAAAAGUCAGCUAACAAUUGAGCUAGUAAGAUCCGCUCUAUAAACCUCCAUCGAAGUUUUAUAUACAUGCUAUAAGUAUAUAAAUGUUCAAGUUAAAGUAGCAAUGAUUGUCACACACACACUAGGCGUGGUGAAAUGUGUCCUCUGCAUUUGAUCCAUCCCCUUGUUCACCCCCUGGGAGGUGAGGGGAGCAGUGAGCAGCAAAAUAUUUUAUAUAACUGAAAAUGUUUUAAAAUGGUUUAGUAUCAUCUGAUUUGUUUUUGCAAUAGAAAUAGUUGGAAACUUAUUUAGUAAUAUUUUUUGCAAAAAAUACAUAUUUAUUUUCAAAUGUAAUAAUAGUUUGAAAAAUAUCUUAUUAGAAAAAAAAUAGUUGGAAAAUUAUUUAAGAUUAAAGUUUUAAGAUUAAAGUACUUUUUAUAUAUUUUUUUUCAAUUCACCCUUUUAUUAUUAUUGACAUGUUCACAAAAUAUUUUUUUUACAACAGAAAAAAAAUGACAAUUAGACAAAACAAAUUACGAUUACACUAACCAAAAUAAAAAAAAUACAAAAUAUUUACACAAACGAAAAAAAAACUAAGACAAAACAAUUCUCAAUUACACAAACCACAAUAAAGAAAGACAAACACUUUAAAUUAAAGUUAAAGUACCAAUGAUUGUCACACACACACACACUAGGCGUGGCGAAAUUAUUCUCUGCAUUUGGACCCAUCAUCCUUGAUCACCCCCUGGGAGGUGAGGGGAGCAGUGAGCAGCAGCGGUGGCCACGCCCGGGAAUCAUUUUUGGUGAUUUAACCCCCAAUUCCAACCCUUGAUGCUGAGUGCCAAGCAGGGAGGUAAUGGCUCCCAUUUUUAAAGUCUUUGUUAUGACUCAGCCGGGGUUUGAACUCACAACCUACCCAUCUCAGGGCGGACACUCUAACUACUAGACCACUGAGCAGGUUAAGCUGAUUGGAGCUAGCUUCCGCAGCCGGUGGGUCUACGACGAUGACUUCUGUUUUGUUUGAUCAGCCGUUUUACUGCCGUGCUACAGGCACCGUUUGGAAACAAUUAAGGUAUGUAAAUAAACAUUUAGAAAAUAUUUUGUAUCGGUACAUAUCUGCGGCUUAUGGUCCGGUGCGGCUAAUAUAAGUAAAAAUAUUUCUUUAUCCUAAAAUUGUGUGGGUGCGGAUUAAAUACAGGCGUGCCCAGAAAUUACGGUACAAUUUUCAGAAGCUGUGUGCUGAACAGAUCUAGCUAUAGUGAAACACUAAGCAUCAUGUAGCAGUAUUGCUACAUUGCUAAAUUAUGCAAAUUACGAACUUAAUAAAACAAUCACUUACUGUACAAUGUCUGCUUUCACUAGGAUGGCGACUGAUGAGAUGUUCAUAUCUUCCCGUUUAGAUGAAGAAUUAAUCAUAUUCCUCACGCAUGGUUAAAAAAAAAAAAGUAUUUUCAUGUCUUUCUCGCUAUCUCUGGGUAUAAAUUGGGUUGUCAACUUUGACUAAUUUCUCGGUUUCUGGCCACAACCUUCUACUAUCCAAGUGAGAGGUUUGAUUUAUCAUCUAGAGCAGGGGUGUCCAAAGUGCGGCCCGCAGCUAAUUGUUUACCGGCCCGCCACACAUUCUGGAAAUACUAUUGUAAAAAUAAAAAAGAACAUUAAAAAAAGUGGAAUGAGGUGAAAUCUAACGAGAAAAAGUUGCAACGUUGAUACAAAAGCUGCCAUGCAGGCUGUUUUUUUUUCAUUUGUCUUUAUUUAUUUUGCCAUUGAUAAAAAAAAAAAAAAAAUAAUGACAAAAAAUCCAUGUUGUAAUGAAUUAUUUUCAGGGCUCCAAUUACUUCAAAUGUUUCACUUUAAAAUGUUUUAUGUGGUAAAUAUUGCAUAUAUUGUGUAGUAGCCAUAUAAAAACAUCAAAGUUUUCUUUGACAAAAGCGCAUAAAACAAACAAAAUAACAGUUCCAGCAUAAAAUGGACAGAUAUAUCUGAAGUUGAUCUCGUAACUUAAGUGUUGAAAGUAAAAGAAAAACCUAAUAAAAAUGUGUCACUUUAUGAGUGGGGCACCUUUUGGAUCCCAAAUAUAUUUAGUGAUUUUUUAUUUAUCUUUUCACUGUGAUUACUCAAAAAUAUGAAAGAAUUCAAAUCAAUGGUGUCCUGCAUUAUUGAUCUUUUAGGGCUCUAAUUAUUAAAUACUACCGGUACAUAUUUCAGUUUUACUAUAAAAAAACUAAGUUGUUUUUGACAGAAAAGCCAUAAAACAUUUUUAAUUUGUAUUACUUUAUAUCAACUUGAAGUUGAUAUAGAGAUUUACUGUAAGCGUUAAAUAAUUAAAAAAAAAUAAUAAUCUGACUUAUUUUUAACAUUUUAAUGACUUUAUGGUCCCCGGGACCCCUAAAGGUAAAAUAAAUAAAAAAUGCAUAUAUUUUGUUAUGGUUUGAAAAUGAAAAAUAUCAAAAUGGCCCCCACAUGCUUUAAUUUUUCCGUGUGCGGCCCUCAGUGGAAAAAGUUUGGACACCCCUGACCUAGAAUGAACUUUCACCAGCUCAGAAGCAAUGCAGCAACUCACCGAUUCACAGCGCUACUAAAAAUAGUGUGUCUGCGUUAGCACUUAUAAUAACAAUAUCACUAAUACUUCGUUAAUAUUCACUUUAUUUUUAGAGGGCCAACACGAACUUGACCUAUUUUACGACUUAGAAUGCAUAAAAAAAGGAAGACAUGUUUUCUUGUCUUACAAAGGGAUGGUGAAUGAUAGGCAAAAUUCCCCCUUUAACAGACUUGUUUCUUUAUCAGUCAGCUUGUGCAGGUUAUAAAUCACAUAAAUAUCAUUUUUAAAGUUUACAAAUCAUUUAUUGUGUGUUUGUUCCUUUUAAAAUAAAUAAAUAAAUAGUGUAAAUUCAAAGCUUUACUGAGCAAGGCAAAAAAAAAUGAGGAUGCAGUGCAAUAGAACCAGAAUAAUUAAUUCUUUCUUUAUACCUCUUUAAAGGGGAACUGCACUUUUUUUGGAAUUUUGCCGAUCGUUUACAAUCACGAGAGACAAGAACACCCUUUUUUAUUUUUUGGAGUUCAAAGAUUAUAAAAAAAACACUUGAAAGAUGCGGCUAAUGGGAGUCACCGUUAAGACAACUUCAAGACCCUCCGACGUUUUAUAUACACACUGCAAGUACGUAUUAAAUGUACCGUAUUUUUCGGAACAUGUAUAAGUCGCACUGGAGUAUGAGUCACAUUUUUUGGGGGAAAUGUAUUUGAUAAAACCCAACACCAAGAAUAGACAUUUGAAAGGCAAUUAAAAAUAAAUAAAGAAUAGUGAACAACAGGCUGAAUAAGUGUACGUUAUAUGAGGCAUAAAUAACCAACUGAGAACGUGCCUGGUAUGUUAACGUAACGUAAGAGUCAUUCAAAUAACUAUAACAUAUAGAACAUUCUAUACGUUUACCAAACAAUCUGUCACUCCUAAUCGCUAAAUCCCAUGAAAUCUUAUACGUCUAGUCUCUUACGUGAAUGAGCUAAAUAAUAUUAUUUGAUAUUUUACAGUAAUGUGUUAAUAAUUUCACACAUAUAUCGCACCCCCGGCCAAACUAUGAAAAAAACUGCGACUUAUAGUCCGAAAAAUACGGUAAUAUGUUCAAUAUUUACUGUAUUUUCAUCAUUUUAAUCCAGACCGGGACUGACUUCUUCCGCGCGUUGAUUUCUGUUUCCAUAGCAACGCACGUCCGACUUCUGGCAACAAAUGUGUGUUCCUACUUCCGCAAACAAACGCCUGUGUUUUCUAAUCAUAGCAGAUUUGGCAGUAGACAACAAAGACGACUAUUUUUGGACAAAUGAAGAUUCACAACCUUAUCUUUUUGAAGCUGAAUAUACUGAGGAUGAACUACUGCUUAUAGUGUCUUUGACACCAUAAAGGUGGAACUUGGAGCCAAGCUAUUUUGACAUAAAUGGAGUGCUUACCCAAAAUCAAUUGGGGAAAAAAAUAGUCCCCGGCCAACUGGACCUGACGAACAACUGUCCAUCGAGUGAACCACACUUUAAAUAUUGAUCAUGAUGCACGCAGCACACCAGGCUUGCUAUUACAACUACAGUACAUACGCUGUCUGGCUAGCUGUGUACAAACAAAACAUGAAAUAUGGGCCAAUACUUUAUAGAAACUGUAAUAUGAUUUGUUCAUGUUUUUCAGUCAGUACAGAUUGGCGUCUUAUCGCGUUGUGUUGUACGUUACAAACUCAAACGAAGAAGCUAGCUUAUCUCUUGCCUUAGUUAGCUUUUGACUUGACUUCAUUUAUUCAUGCUUGCAGUGGAGCCAAGGCCCCACUGAAAAAACAGCUGAACUUUACAAUGAAUAUUAAACAAACAAAGAUAAAAAAAAAAAAAAUGAAAA